UAAUAAGUACAAAAAAGCUGCACUCUCUCAGUCGCUUUUGAAUUCAGUUUUCUCAGUUGCUCGCCAACUUUGAAAGCAAUCGGUCCACUUCGCGUCGGUUGAUUUUAAAAAUCCCAAGCGGCGUGACUUUUGGUUUCUAGUUGAUAGUUGUGUUUUUGUGUUUUGGGACUGAAACUUCUUGAGCGCCUGAGUUUCGGGAACUGGUCGCUUGGAAUUAAACUUCAACUUAGACUUGCACUUGGACAAUGAUGCCGCAUCCAAAGUUGCCCGAUGUUGUUGGCGCGGCUGCUGGUUUUGUUGUAAUUUGAUUUGGUGCCACUUGGCUAGCUGAUCUUGUUGCCAUAUCGCUGUGGGCCAGAAGUUGUUGUUGCAGUCGCUGGAGGGGCAGCAGCAGCAGCAGCAGCAGCGUUACAGUUCGGGAAAAUCGGUCAAUGGAAACGGGCUUGUAAGCAGGUGCAAUCGCUAGUAGAGCCACAAGACAGAAGAACCAGAGGCCAGGAGAGAUUGGAGAGCCGCAGGCAUGUCGCUAAAGAAAGAGACGCCCUCGGAUGUGCAACUGCACAUGGCAGCCAUGAGGGGAGAUGAGGUGGCCCUUCUUCGAGUUCUGGACAGCGGAAAAGUCCAUGUCGAUUGCAAGGAUGAGGAUGGAACAACCCCGCUCAUCCUGGCUGCCGCCGGAGGUCACACAUACUGCGUAAUGGAGCUGCUCGAUCAGGGAGCCGAUCCCAAUUCGCGUCGUCUCACGGGCACCACGCCCCUUUUCUUUGCCGCCCAAGGCGGUCACCUGGACGUGGUCAAGAUCCUGAUGAAGGCGGGCGCCAGUGUGGACACGCCCUCCGCAGACGGGGGCACGCCCCUUUUUGUGGCCGCCCAAGGCGGUCAUGUGAAGAUCGUGCGCGAGCUCUUGGAUUGCGGAGCGAAUGUCAAUGCCCACAUGAAGGAUCGGGCUACCCCCGUAUUUAUCUCCGCCCAGAAUGGUCAUCGCACGGUUCUGUCUCUGCUAAUUCAAGCCGGUGCCGAAAUCGAUAUCAAGCGGAUUGACGGCGCCACGCCCCUUUGGAUAGCCGCCCAGAUGGGCCAGGAUCACAUCUGCAAGGUGCUGCUGCAGAAUGGCGCCAAUGUCGAUACUGUGCGUUGCGAUGGCGCCACGCCCCUUUUCAAGGCGGCCCACAAGGGUCACGCCGCCGUCAUCACGGUGCUGCUCAAAUAUCGUCCCAAUCUCGGCCAGCUGCCCAAUGGAGAGAGCGCCCUGCAUGCCGCAGCCAUGUUUGGCCACAUGACCGUCUGCAAACAGCUGGUGGCCGCCGGCAGCGAUGUCCUGCUGAAGAACCAAGAUGGACUCACGGCCCUGCAGUUGGCGCACCAGCAGAAGUAUACCUCCAUCUGUGAUUAUCUCCAGGAACGGAUCCGGACAAUGGUGGCGCGCAGCGCCAAGGCAAUGGUCGCCUCCGGAGUACCGUCGACGGUCAAGACGAUGUCGGCGUAAGGGGAUGUACGAGUUUGAGAGACCACGCCUCCAAAGUACCUUUAUGCACAAUACCUUGGCCCUUUUGCUUAUAUUCAAAAAGUGGCAAGGGAAGAGAGUGUUAUUCCGGACACUGGGCAAACGAAGGGGGAUUUAAAAAGGGGUUUCCAAUGUUUUCGAAAGCCAUUUGGAGUGAAAUUUAAAGCUAGGU